UGAAUUAAAUUAAAGUGGGGGAAUUAUUCUUUAUUAACCUUUUGGACUCCCAUUGUUCCCUGCACCCCCUGCCUUGUAUUAUAUGGAUCAAUAUCAGUUUAUUGCCACAAUAUGCGACCUGCGGCUCGUCGGCGUGGAAAUGACGUGUCUCCGCACGUUUUGGCGAGCCCAUAAAGGAUGGACUGUACUCUCACUGUCACACUGAAGGAGAGGGAGCAAGACAACAGAAGCAGAAAGGGACAGUGGGAGCAGAGAAGACCAGGGAGACGCACAGAGGGUAGAGGUAACGGUCUCGGUUUUUGGGGAGGAAGAUAACUAAAUAGUGACAUCAUAUUUACCGGAGGCACCGUGACAUCAUAUUUACCGGAGGCACAGAGUGGAGGAUAAAACCAGGCGAGCACGCUCUCUCUCUCUAACUGUGGGAACGGAGCCACUCAGGGGACACGCAAAUGUGAGCGACGCGCGCGGGACAGACUCAGGUGCAGAGAAACCAAACUGGCGGCGCACUUAGGAUGCAGAAGUCACCCGUGGAAGAUGCAAACUUCCUCUCCAAAUUUUUCUUCUGGUGGACAACACCACUGCUGAGGAAGGGCUUCAGAAAGAAGUUAGAGCUGACAGACAUUUAUAAGGCUCCUUCCUAUGAUCUGGCAGACAACCUCUCUGAGAGGCUCGAACGAGAAUGGGACAGAGAGGUGGUGUCAGCCAAGAACAAGCCCAGGCUGAUGAGAGCGCUGGCCCGAUGCUUCAUCGGCCCUUUCGCCUUCUUUGGUGUCCUCCUCUACCUCGGGGAGGCUUCCAAGACUGUGCAGCCUCAGCUUCUGGGUCGCAUCAUCGCGUCCUUCGACCCAUUCCACGCUCCGGAGCGUGAGCAGGGAUACUUCCUGGCCCUGGGCCUCUGCCUACUCUUCACCGUCCGCUUCCUCCUGCUGCAACCUGCCAUCUUUGGACUGCAUCAUCUGGGCAUGCAGAUCCGCAUUGCCCUUUUCAGUCUCAUAUAUAAGAAGACCCUGAAGCUGUCGAGCCGAGUCUUGGAUAAGAUCAGCACUGGUCAACUAGUCAGUCUGAUGUCCACCCACCUCAACAAGUUGGAUGAGAGCUUGGGUCUGGCCCACUUUGUAUGGAUCACCCCCCUGCAGUGUAUACUGUGUGUGGGUCUGAUCUGGGAGCUGAUCGAGGUGAAUGGCUUUUGCGCGCUGGCAGCACUGACUCUGCUGGGCAUCAUCCAGGCCUGGCUCUCCCAGAAGAUGGGGCCGCACCGGGUGGAGCGAGGAGUGAUGAUCAGCCGCCGCCUGGCUCUCACCUCAGAGAUUGUGGAGAACAUCCACUCUGUGAAGGCGUACGGUUGGGAGGAGGUGAUGGAAACCAUCAUCAAGAACAUCAGACAGGACGAGAUGACGCUAACGAGGAAGAUCGGUUCUCUGCGUUACUUCUACAGCGCCUCGUACUUCUUCUCCGCCAUCUUGGUCAUCGUGUCUGCCAUCGUUCCACACGCACUCAGUAAAGGCAUCAUCCUGCGCCGUAUCUUCACCACGGCUUCCUACUGCAUGGUGCUGAGAAUGACGCUGACCCGCCAGCUGCCAGGGUCCAUCCAGAUGUGGUACGACACGCUGGCACUGGUCAAGAAGAUCGAGGAAUUCUUGAUGAAGGAAGAAUACAGAGUGCUGGAGUACAACCUGACCACCACUGAGCUGGAGCUGGUCAACGUGUCUGCAUCCUGGGACGAGGGCAUUGGUGAGCUGUUUGAAAAGAUCAAACAGGAGAACAAAGCAAACGGACACCUGAACGGUGACGCUGGCGUCUUCUUCACUAACCUCUACGUAACGCCUGUUCUCAAAAACAUCAGCCUGUACCUGGAGAAGGGCACGAUGCUGGCGGUGGCUGGAUCCACUGGCUCAGGGAAGAGUUCCCUGCUCAUGAUGAUCCUGGGAGAGUUGGUGCCAUCGGAGGGUAAAAUCAGACACAGCGGUCGCAUCUCCUACUCGCCACAGACUUCCUGGAUAAUUCCCGGGACGAUUCGAGACAACAUCCUGUUUGGCCUGACAUAUGACGAGUACCGCUACACCUCUGUCAUCAAAGCAUGUCAGCUGGAAGAGGACUUUGCCUUGCUGCCUGAGAAAGACAAGACGCACCUCGUUGAAGGAGGCGUGACCCUCAGCGGCGGUCAAAGGGCUCGCCUCGGCCUGGCCAGGGCUGUGUAUAAAGAUGCAGACCUCUACCUGCUGGAUGCACCUUUCACCCACCUGGACAUCGUGACAGAGAAAGAGAUCUUUGAGAAAUGUGUCUGUAAACUCAUGGCAUCCAAGAUACGCAUUGUGGUCACCAGCAAGUUGGAGCAUCUCAAAAGAGCAGACAAAAUCCUCCUGCUGCACAACGGAGACUGCUACUUCUACGGCACCUUCUCAGAGCUGCAGGACAAGCGCCCUGACUUCAGCUCCCUCCUCCUCGGCAUGGAAGCUUAUGACAACAUCAACGCAGAGCGACGCAGCUCCAUUCUCACAGAAACUCUUCGCAGGGUCUCCAUUGAUGAAACCGCUGGCUUCCGAGGCCCAGAGACAAUGCGGCAGUCGUUCCGCCAGCCACCACCUCCGCUGAUCGUCUCCGGAUCCCAAGGCCAUCCUGGAGGUGAUGGCUACCCAGAAAAACGCAAACAGUCCCUCAUCCUCAAUCCGCUGGCAGCUGCUCGCAAGUUCUCCUUCAUCGGGAACUCCCAACAGACAAACACUCCCCAGUCCACGGCGAUAGAGGACGGGGUUCGUGAACUCUCUGAAAGGAAAUUCUCUGUAGUACCCGAGGAUGAUCAAGUAGAGGAGGUGCUCCCCAGGGGGAACUUGUACCACAAUGGGUUGCAGCACCUCAACGGGCAGCGGCGGCAGUCUGUCCUGGCGUUCAUCACCAAUGCUCAGGGCCAUGCGCGCAGAGAGCAGAUACAGAUGCAAUCCUCCCUCAGAAAAAAGCUGUCCAUCACGCCGCAGUGUGACCUGGUGUCCGAGCUGGACAUUUACGCCCGCCGCCUCUCCAAAGACAGCAUUUAUGACAUUAGUGAGGAUAUGGAUGAAGAAGACAUGAAGCAAUGCUUCGCAGAUGAACGUGAGAACAUCUUUGAAACUACCUCAUGGAGCACGUAUCUACGCUACAUCACCACCAACAGGAGCUUAGUCUACGUCCUUAUUUUCAUCGCCUUGGUCUUCAUCAUUGAGGUUGCUGGUUCAGUCAUUGGCAUUUUCUUCCUUACUGAAAAGAUCUGGAAGGACAGCACCACCCCUCCAGCUCCAAACUCCAUCGAUGAGGAGCAUCACAACGCCUCGUCGCCCGCCGUCCGCAGGGGAAUCAUUGUCACACCGACAAGCGCUUACUACAUCAUCUACAUCUAUGUGGCCACAUCGGAGAGCGUACUGGCCUUGGGAUUCUUUAGGGGUCUCCCGUUAGUGCACACAUUACUCACUGUGUCCAAAAGACUGCAUGAACAGAUGCUUAGCGCUGUGCUACGAGCCCCCAUGGCUGUGCUCAACACUAUGAAGACAGGCCGGAUAAUGAACAGAUUCACCAAGGACAUGGCCACCAUAGAUGACAUGCUCCCCCUGGUGCUGUUUGACCUCAUACAGCUCACAGUGAUUGUUACAGGUGCCAUCUUCACCGUGUCCAUCAUACGGCCUUACAUCUUCAUCGCUGCCAUCCCAUUGGCUGUCAUCUUUGUUAUCCUCAGAAAGUACUUCCUACGAACUGGACAGCAACUCAAGUUACUGGAGGCUGAAGCUCGCAGCCCCAUCUUCUCCCAUCUCAUCAUCUCGCUGAAGGGUUUAUGGACAAUUCGGGCUUUUGGACGUCAGAGCUACUUCGAGACGCUCUUCCACAAGGCGCUCAACACUCACACGGCCACCUGGUUCCACUACUUGUCCACACUGCGAUGGUUCCUCUUCCGCUGCGAUAUGAUCUUCGUCCUGUUCUUCAGCGCCGCCGUCUUCAUCGCCGUAGGCACCAACCAGGACAAACCAGGGGAGGUUGGCAUCAUCGUGGCCCUGGCUAUGCUCAUCCUGGGGACUUUCCAAUGGGCUGUCAUCACCAGCAUCACUGUAGACGGACUGAUGCGUUCAGUGGAUCGGGUGUUCAAGUUCAUCGACCUGCCAUCAGAGGAGCCGCUGCCAGCCAAGUCUAGUGGUAAAGGAGGCCCCGACCUGGUCAUUGACAACCCUCAUGCCCAGGACUGCUGGCCCAACCGCGGCCAGAUGGACGUCAAGGGCCUCACUGUCAAAUACACAGAGGCUGGACGGGCGGUCCUCAGCGACAUCUCCUUCUCUGUGGAGGGAGGGCAGAGUAUGGGUCUGCUGGGUCGAACAGGUUCUGGGAAGAGCACCCUGCUCUCCGCUCUGCUGCGUCUCGCCUCCACUGACGGAGAAAUCUCCAUUGACGGCAUCUCCUGGAGCUCCGUCUCCCUACAAACAUGGAGGAAGGCCUUUGGGGUGGUGCCGCAGAAAGUCUUUAUUCUGACCGGCACUUUCCGGAUGAACCUGGACCCACACGGACGUUACAGCGAUGAGGAGCUGUGGAGGGUCGCAGAGGAGGUGGGUUUGAAGUCUGUGAUCGAGCAGUUUCCAGAGAAGCUGGACUUUCAGUUGGAGGACGGAGGCAACGUGUUGAGCAACGGACACAAACAGCUGCUGUGUCUCGCCCGCUCCAUCCUCAGCAAGGCUCGCAUCCUGCUGCUGGAUGAACCCUCCGCCUACCUCGACCCCAUAACGUUGCAGGUCCUGAGGAAGACGCUGAAACACUCAUUCUCAAGCUGCACUGUCAUCUUAUCAGAACACAGAGUAGAGCCGCUGCUGGAGUGUCAAUCAUUCCUGAUGAUCGAGGGCAGCUCCAUGAAAAGCUACGACUCCAUCCAGAAGCUGCUGAAUGAGACGAGUCAACUGAAGCAGGCCAUGAGCCCUGCCGACCGUCUCCACCUCUUCCCGCCUCUUAACCGCCUCAACUCCAGCAAGAGGGUGGCGCCGCAGACCGCCAAGAUCUUGUCCCUGCCAGAGGAAGCUGAGGACGAAGUCCACGACACUCGCCUCUAACAACCGGCCAGACACACAAACGCACACACCCCUAACUCGAACGGACAAAACAAAAGUUUUGAUACUGGUGAUUUUGGGCCAAUAGUGAACAUGUUUGAGCUAUUGUUUCCCCAAAUUACCAGUGAAACAGCAUCUCAACCACUAUGGGACACUAAAACUCUCCCAGACAAAAUAUUUUAUUCAGUAGUAGGAGAAUUCAAUUUACUUAUUCAUAAUUAACUAAAAUUUAAAAAAAAUAAAAAUCUGUGCAUAGAAAAUAAAAAUUAAAGUUUUCCAAUAUAUUAACAUUAAACAAAAUUGGCUUUUUAAUACUUGAUUUUUUUACCACCACUUGUUGACAUGCAACAUGUCUGCAGGUUUAGAAAAGAUAUAAAUAAAUUUGUAUGUAGGUGAAUCGGAAUUAAAAGAUGCAAGAAGGGUUCCCAUAAUGAAGCUUUUGCUGUAAAUCUAUCACUAAAUUAGAAAAAUUAUAAUAAACCACACUGUGUUAUGUGCUGCAGGGAGAGCUAAAAUACUCCCAUGUAACAGGGACCACCAGAAGCAGAGACACUUUGUUAAACCAUUUCAAUCAAUCAAUUUUAUUUCUCACAUGAAAUUGUGCGAGGUGCAAUUCCAUUGAAAUAUAAUUUCAUCAGCUCCUUAAACUUCUGCGUGAUUCGUCAUGAAGCAGAAUGUGGCCGUCAGAUCAGCACACGAAAUAGAGUAACCCGGUUAAAUGGCACAGGCACUCCAGGAUCCAGCCAAGUCUCCGCAAAAGGACACCACACUUCCUGACAUCCCGCUGGAAACCGGCGGAGGCAUGGUCGGACGCCUACACUGGCUAGCAGGAUGCCCAGCAGAGUAGUCAUAUUCGGUGUUCAAUUCCUCCACGCUUGCCUCGGUGCCCCCUCUGAUGUAGAUGGAGAUGGACGCAGAAAUGGUCUUACUUGUCCCCGUAGUCGGGAUUGUAGCCGUAGGUCAUAGCUGAUAGCCGUCUUCACCUUUUCCUCUGUGUUUACUCUGAUGUCUACAUUUGGAAACUUUGACCAGCCAGGCUAGCAGAGGGAGCAGGAGACUGGUGAGCUGAUUCCCCCAUCCUGAUGAGAGACUUGUAGUCAUGAGAUGGCCACAGAGAUGGCCUUGCUAACUUGAGGUAAUCUUCUCCACCUUUUCAUCGGUGUUAACUCUGAUGUUUACAUUUGAAAACUUCACCGGCCAGGUGGCUAGGUAGCCAGGCAGGAGGUUAUCAGAGUCCGAAGGAGACCCGAAAGUUGAUUUCCCGACCCUCAUGAGGGACUCCUAGCCACGUGCCAUCAGCGUCCACCGUCAACAACAUAAAGCACAACUAAUAUUUCUAAAAUGGACAAUUCAGCAUACAUUUUGCAGAGCUGACGGAGGGGCGACUGGAGAGGUCCGCACUCUUAGCCUAGGUUGAGAGAUGUAAUUUCUGGUCACAGCCUGGUGUGACGCUCAUCGCUCCGUUUGCCACCAAUGUUGCCAUCGUCGGAUAAAGAACAGGAAACCUGAGGAAGUUAACAUUAGUCAAUGUGCUUUUCUAGCACAUUUCAAGUGCCUUUUGCAGGUUUCAGUCAGGUGCUUUUUGGGGAUGCUGGACAAACUGUGAGGGCUGCCUCAGUUCAGAUAAUCCUCAAAAAGUUUCUCCUUUUGAAACCAAAAUAUUGUAUUGUAUUAUAUUUUUUGCAUACUUGUUUUAAAAAAACAAAAACAUUUUCAUUGGUUUCAACUAAGGGAUUAUUUUAAGAUGUUUUGUUCUGAACAACCAGCUACUUUUCACUGUUUUAACUCAGACUGAACACAACAUAGCAGCAACUGUAGAGGUCUGCUCAGAAAGCACAUUAACUUAUCACAUGCACGUAAUCCAAUCAUCUUCAGGUAGCUAGCAGGAAUCAAUAUUACAGAUAAUAUUGCACAUAAAAGAGUUCUCUGCUCGUUCUGAGCUGAGGCCAUAUUGAUACAUUUGAAAACUUUGUCGUUCACACACUACACUAAAGGGCAGUCCACACCGGGGGAUAUUUAUCGUUAGCCACUCGCUGGACAAACAUAGGUUGGAUCAUUGUAGAUUAACGGGAUGUAUGCAUCCGACGUCUGAUGGGAGUUUCCCAGUAAGCCUCUUUUCACAACCAAAAACAAUUUUCAGAAACAGAUGAUAAGAAGAGAU